UGCAGGCAAAGCCGACCCGUCUGCAAUGUGUUGAUGCGAUGCCUCCGUAGCUUCGCGGUUCGAAAGCGUAGAUUCGGGUAGUUUUAGCUUAGCGAAUGUUAUCGAAAAAUGGGGUGUUACAGGCGCAACACAAAGAUCAGAGCACCUCGCUAGAGGUUCCGCGGUGCUAUGGAAGACAGCGGGAUCGACAGCGAUUCCAAGACGAACAGCUGUAAUGGUGGCGAUCGGCCGCAGCAAGAUGUACCGGUUCCAGUGAUGAAGUUAGAUGGCGGUGAAGCUGACAUGAAUGAAGCAGAAGCCGCCCAGGACAAACCCCAGGAGGCACCUCUUGAAGAACCACAGAAGACACCGCAAGAGCAGGCAGCAUCAAAGUCGAGAGCGCUUCAGCUCCAUAGACGAUUAGAGCGGCACAUACAGCAGUCAAAGAAAAUUCGACAGCAGACACGAAAUGCGUGCAUCGACACUCAGCCCAAGAAGAUGCUCCUACCACGAAGCAGGCUUCCUGUUCCCAACAAAGGCCAAGGGUCAACUGCCCAGCCUUCAGGAGACACUGAGCCUUUGGUUACGUGGAAGUCUGACAGUGAAGAGGAUUUUGAGUUUCAGCCCACUUCUAAAGCAGCUGCCCGUGAAAUCACUCAACAGCUGAUUAAAGAUGGGUAUGAUCUUGACCUGACCCCCGAUGAUGAUGAUCUGGACCUUAUCCCACCAAAACCACUGACUCAAAGGUGUUCCUGCUGCAACCCAUCUCAUGACAUGCUCCAGUUAUGUGACGAACUGCUGUUCUAUUGCUGAUGUGACUUUUUGGAAAGGACAUUCGUUAUCUUGAACAUUGCGAUGGGUGUAGGCGCGAAUUGACCGACUGAUUUAACAUUCCAUAUUGUUUUUGCUGCCAAGGCCACCGUAUGGGGUUGUUGCAACAACUAUAGUAGAUAAACUUGUAGCGUACUGUGAUGAGUGUUGCGUGAAAUUGUGCAAAGCUCGAUAUUUUAAAUUUGACUUCCCUCUAGUCACUGCAAAUCGCUUCAAAUUUUAAAAAUGUCGUCCACCAAUUUCACGAUGUUCAGUGGCAGACAUUGCGUGGGACUCGAUGCUUUUAACUGCCAUGAGUGUGUUUUAGCAUUCUGAACCUGCUACUUCAGCUGGCUCAAAAUGUACAUUUGAUGUGUUUAUUUCGUUGCAAAAAAAAAAAAUAUUUCGAAUCUCUCUAAUUCUGUACAUAAUGCCUACUGUGUUUUUGCAAGGAGAACGGUUCCUCACAUUGUGCUGUGAUACAUUUGCUCAGCACAGCAUUGUAAUAGUAUUGUGCUUAAGAUCAUGAAAUAGGAGGUGCUUGUCUGAUUUGGAGGCAAGUGAUAUCUGCAACCACAUGGAACAUAAUUAUGCUUUGGUAUAAUUUGUGAUUGGGUGCAAAUGUCGUUGGAAGUACUGAUGCAUUCAUUUAUUGAAGCUGAUAAUAUGAUAUGUAAGUAUUCAUAGAAGUGCUUAUAGGCAUUCAAAGCUAAAUUUGAACCUGAGUGUAUUGAUCCGUGUGAUGACAAAACGAUUGCAAGAAAUUUUCGAUACGAGUGCUUUGUAUAGUGCAGCAGUCAUUCUCGAUUGCCUUUGAACACGUAAAUCAAUUUGCUGAAUAGCAGAUCUUGAGCUACAAAGUCUUGCCCUUUCCUGUAGAGUUUGUUGUAGAGAUUGUGCGUGUUAGUCAAUGCACAGCCAUGACAAGGUUUUCACAUUGCCCUCAUCGUUUGCUGUUGCAACAUAUUCCAGUGCCAAACCAAUCUUUACACUAGGGCCAGCGAUUAAUACCCGAAGUUGUUAAAGACUUUCCUAGAACUAAAUAAUUGCUUUAUCUCUAGUUCCUUAGCCUUAGCAAUGCCGCACAAGUAUACCAAGUGAUUCUUUCUAUAAACUUCAUUCAGAUAUUUGAACUUGAACGAACAUGAAUCUGCAUUUAAGGCUUGCCAGGUAGCUCGUGAAAUGGUACCUAUCAUAUAGUCAAUGCAUGAGCUUUGAGAAAGCAUACAAGUUUCAUUACUUGGCUACUGCGGUAACUGAAUUAUAUAAUUUAUGGCGACAGGAUGGCCUGACAGAUGUGUGCUGGAGCAUGUCAUCGAUAUUUGCAAUUCAUAGUUCAUUUGCAUAUCAAGAGUCAAACAGUUACUUAUUAUUCCUGGACUUUACUGAUCUGUGCAUGAGAAUGUAGCCAAGUUCCAGCAACUUGAACCAUUAUUCUUACAUAUAUUACAGCUUGCAUUUCUGUGUACGCUCAUAGCAUUGGUUGCACCAACAGAAUCUGUGCACAUCACUAACCUUGAUUUUACUAUGACACACGCGGUGAUCAAUUUUAUGAUCGUACGUUAGUGCUUGUCCACAGCACAUUUUGUUCAUGUGAGCAAUGUCAGUAUUGUAUUGCUUUGAAACACUUCCACUUACUCUAGUCAUCGCCGAUGCGCCAUUUGGUGCCCGGCUUGGACGCACAUUUUUACGUAAAUGUUAUGCAUUAAAAAUGUGGCAUUUCGAUGUCUGGUGGUAUGAAUUGUGGGAACACUGCUGCCCGACUUGCAUUGUGCGGCCUUUUGCACCUUGCCCUCAUGAUGCAUGUGACAGCAUGCCUGCAUGAUGCACAGCCAGAGAUGGGAGUUGGUGUCAUUAUGCAGCUGAGACAGCUGGUGUUGCAUGUGUGAUUUUCACUUCACGGUGUUAAUAGGAUGCAAGAAAAACCCGGUUUAUUCGUAUUUCAUUUCAUAUUGUUAGGGUGCACUUGUAAGUGUGCUCCAUGAGACAAACCAGCUGACAGAUAUUCUUUGGUUUUUGACAAACUGCACCAGCAUUAACCAUUGCUACUGCAUGGGUGUGCUUUCAUUCACAGAAGCACACAGACAUAGGCAAACAGUUCCUCGGUAGUUACUCUUGGUCUAUAAAUGUAACUUCAUGGAGGAGCUCUUGCGUUCAGCUAGCUGGCUUGUUACAUAGGAGCAAUAAAUGCUCUUUUUUAUAUGUUCAUAUGGCUGAGUGAUGUGUCCUUUGUUACUAAGGUCAUUUCAAACUUUGCAAAUUGCUUUCAACAUAUUCAACAUACCCCAUCAAACACAUAUGCCUAUGCUGUGAUAAUGCACAACUUUGGGGUAUCUUCGAAAGAACUGGUGCUGCCAAAAGUUUUUUUCGUUUAUUGGUGCUCAAGGCUGAAUUCACUGAAGACGUGUAGAUGUGGCUUGAAUAUCAGAAUAAGAUAAAAAAGAGAACAUCUGGUUUUGUUAACUGGCUGAAAAUGAUUUCAAGCUGAUGGUUUACAUUUUCACUUGCUACAGCUUUUACAGACUACUUCGCUACCAGAGAAGGCAACGGUGUUGCUAAAUGCGAUGGUCAUUCUGUACAGGGUGCCACAAAAUUUCAUUUAUGAAAGAUAGUUCAACAGCGUUACACUCUUGGAAUGCAAGAAAGUGAAUGAGUCAUAACAAGCAAGUAGGUACGUUUGGCAUUAAGUGACCCUUUGAAUGUCUAAUGCAAGCAAUUUUUCCAGUCUUUUACGAUGGUGUGCAGACUUUUGUUUGCCUCUAUAAGUCACUUGGACUCCACAUCCACAACUUGAGACUGUACGUUUUUGCCAGGAUUACAUCUGUUAAUAGGACUUCUCGCUGGUAUGACGGCUGUAUAUAUAUUUUUUCAAAGCUGUUCCGAGUACUGGUGUGGCUCUGUGGUAUGAUACUUGUCAUGCUGAAUACAUGGCACCGAUUCUGGCUCGAACACUUGAUUUUUGUGAUUUUUAUUCUUUGCAUCUGUGACGAUUUUCUUGGAAGGCUUUCAGAUUUUCAGGCAGUUUUCACUUGCUUAUGGGCGAGGUCACCGCCAACAUAGACACCCGAUAAACUCUCAACUUUGUCAACCCGGGGUUUUCUAAUGUACUGCUGAAUUUAUGUGCCUGUGUUUCUGUAUGUUACCUUUGUUGAAGUGUAGCUAUCAAAGUUGCUGUUGAGCUUGGCAUUGGUUCAUUGAAGCAGAUGUGAAUGCUUCCGCUAGUUUUUCAGUAAAAGGCUAACAAAUUAAUUUGCAUUGCAUAUUACCUCUCUGGAAAGUUGCUAAGACCUAGUUGGAAAAAUAGUAAA